GGCCAUUCACGUUCCCACCCCCACCUGGCGAACGAAAGCAAAGAUCCUGCAGCGGAGCUCGUUAUAUGAUCUUUGAACGAAACCGUCCUUCAGGCGCGUGACGCCGUCCGUUCCCUUUGUGUAGUUGGACAAGCUGAAGCCCGUGGGCAGGAGGGGAAUUGUAGUCAAGUUGUCGUCAAAGAGGCAACUCGCCUGUGAAGGACUGCAGCCCCCGCCCGGGUGGCAAUCCGCGCAAGGUACCGUGAUCCAUUGCAUGGCGGCGUUGUCAAGGUUUCGGCCAAAGAUUAUAUAGGAGCUAAUCUUUGGUUUCGGCUGUGAAGCCCGUGGAAAGAGCCGGUUCUCUUAAAGCCGGUGAAUUGGGGGGAGAGAUAGCAACUGCCAUCCAUUUGUUAAGAAUGAGUAAAGUCGCUGAAGUGGAGACGCUGUUCUCAUUGGAGCUGUUAGUAGAGUACGUGGAGGUUGGGCCAAGCACCUACUCCGAAUCCGGCACUUUACUGGCGGUGGCCUUCAGGCUGUUGGACUUUCCCACUCUCCUGGUCUAUCAGACCGAACCGGAACGAGCGGAGAGCCUGUGGCGGAGCUGGGAGCGUGGUCAUGAGAGGGAAGGCUCCGGACGGCCGCCAGGCAGCACUAAUACCCCUUUCGAUAAAGGCAAGUCCUGCCUGUUCAAGAUGGGGCUGUCGACCCUUCAUCGCCAUUUGACCAACACACCCUUGUACGUAAUGCUGCUCGACGUUUCACAGCGGGUACCCAAGUUAGUGGGAAGUUGUCUGAUCUCGAUGGCAGGUGCAGUAGAGAACAUCAGGGUGGAUGUGGAGGACCGUGGCCUUACCAUGCCUUCCAGGCAAGGAAAGAGAGGGCUGUACUCUCUUUAUAACCUGAUGGGUGUAAAGAUUGGCCACAUAUCUGCAGGAUAUAGACUCAUGAGUUUGGGAGUUGGUUUGCUGCCACAUACUCCAGAAAACCAGGUCCAGAAAGCUAAAAUGCGGGACACGGACAUUUCUCACUUGCCAACUGAACUGCGUGCGGCAGACCAAGGGGUGUGUGGGAAGGUCGCAGAUCAAGGCACUGGGCCCUCUAGAGUACCACAAGGCACUCUACCUGUCUCUGAAAAAUGCCCUGACCUAGUUUCCGAUGACCAGACUGUUCAGCGGAGCGAAAUGCCUGUUAACAUUUUUGUGUUUAAGGAGAAACGCAACCCGAACAAACAGACAAAAGAGACGAGUGUGAAACACGAGAUGAGACAGCACGAUCUAGAAUUGGAACCAACUGCGGAUAUCAAAGCGGACAACGUUUUUUGUCCGCCCCCCUUGUACUACAGUCAGUCAAAGAAUGAACCCAAAGAGAAGCUAUCUGAAAUCUGGAAAUCAGGGGAGCCCGAGGAGUCAGUUCUACUUGAUGAGUUCGACUCGGAUGAAAGUGAUGAAUUAUUCGAUACGAGCCAAAAGUUAAGUAAUUCUAGGUUGCCCGAAAGUUGCUUAGAAGCAGCAGCCACGUUAAAGACACAAAUUCAAAAGAACCCAGCUAAUCUUGAUGCAAGUAAUACAAUCAGACAGUUGCCUCUGCUAAAUGCGCUUUUGCUAGAGCUCUCUUUACUACACCAUGACCAAUUACCUGAGCAGAUUCCUCUGUCUGUACACCCUCAACUUGCUUGGCUUUACAGUGGUUUAAAGAAUGAUUUACCCGAAUUUCAUAAACCGACCAUAUCGGCAUCACCACAACCUAAAUCUGCCAAACCAAAUUUUAAGCAACAGAAGGAAAUUCAAAAACAACAUGCAUCUUCCAGAAUCUUUGAUAAAGAAAAUAACCCGAAGCGAGGGAACGCACAAAAAAAAUCGGAACAUCCCCAAAGAAAGCUUAUGUAUGGAUUAACAAACACAUUGCGGUUAAGGCUCCGACAAACAAAUCCAGAGAUGUUGAGACUACAUGAACAGAAAGAGUUAUCCCGAAGAAGACGAAUGGAACAUCUGAAAGAGAAGACUGUGCGAAAACGUCAUGAAGCCAAAGGUGAAAGAGAUUCUUCAAAUCUUCAAAAAGAUCAACCUCUUUCUGGUGACAGAUGUAAAGAAAAUAUUGAAACAUUGAUUCGAAGCAGCAUUGAACCUGAUUCAACUCGUUCUUCAAAAGUUCAAAGCAGUGGUAAACUUUCGGGGGAAAAUAACUUUGAAGCAACUUUGGGUCCUGAACGUGCCGCAACUGCCGUUCAACCGCCGGGACCAUUAAAUUACUGUAUGGAUGUUGCGGAUUUACAGAUCGCUAAUGACAAUGAUCUUUAUCGAAAAGAUGUAAAAAUCAGAAUGCCUGAAAUAUUCAAUUACGAUUCUGACCCCAGUGUUAAUGAGACUUGUAAUGUAGCAGUGGAUUUUCUGCAGACUUCAAAUAUGAAUCCUGUUUUUACUAGUGAUCCAACACCAGCUGAAGACAUUGAUGCUCCGAUUUCUUAUAUUAGCUGUGAUGAACCCAAGUAUUCAGAAGAUUUUACCAGUCCUGAACCGGUGGGCAACUCGGAAGAUUGUACCAGUCCUGAACCUGUGGGCAACUCUGAAGAUUUUACCAGUCCUGAUCCUCCCAGUAAAUUUGCAGAUACUUUAGGCAGCAGCACAGAAACUGGAGCCAUUAGGGUGAAAUAUAAAUAUUAUAACAGUGAAUUGGACUCCAGCCUUUCCAAAUAUUCUAGUGACAAUCAGGGGACAGCUCAAAGCGAGACAGAGGAUGAAUCAGUCUCACUACCCAAACCAUCCAAGCAAUCUCCAAUACGGACUUUAAAAGGUAUAAACCUUGUAAAAAGUCGCCAUCAGAGAAUGACAUUGUCUUCAACAACCUCAAAUUUAUCCGAUGGAGCAACCAGCUCAACUGAGGUCAAUGAACUGAUAAAAAUACUGACCCCAUCAAACAAAGAAGAAUUUGAGAAUCAACUUAAAUCAAAUGUUCAGUGGAGUUCUAGAUCAGACAUUAAUCCAGCUAACACUGAGGUCCCCCAACAUUCAAAUUCAAGGAAUGGUCACAGUUCAUUAGAAGAGAGCCAAUCUUUGGGGACAUCACAGGUGAGCUCCUAUGUACCAUCUAGCGUGUCUGAUCUACUCUGCAGUGGACUUGAAAUUAAUACAACGGAUAGUCAAGCAGAUGAAAUGAAUGAAUUGGAAAGAACAGGAAUUAUUAACAAAUGCAGACACAUUUCUGAACUAGUAGCCAACAAACUUCCUGGAUAUACUUUAUAAUCUGUCACAAGUUUUUGAACUUUCCACUGUUUUACUGUAGGUUCGGCAAUAUAAAAUAAUCUUGUUACUCAUUACAUUUCUAUUGCCCUACAUUUGCAAAAUAUGCAACUUAUCAUAUGUGACAAAAUUGGUAUGAGAAAGAUAAGCAAUUUUAGACCAUUUUUUUAAUCAAAUUCUGAUUCUCAACCUUUGAGUACCUUGACAUAGACAGAAUACUCUCCUUAAAUGUCUUUCCACCAUUGUCUACUAUGACUUUUUUUUCUUAUUCUAAUUACUCAAUUGAAGCAUGAAUAUUUCUAACUGAUAUUUCUCUUUCCAACCUUGAAUCUUAGUUUCCCUGAUAUCCCUUCACUUCCUAUUCUACUUGUUGCUCCUUACAAACAUGAAUUGUUAGAUCAGGUUCUAAAUGAAUGCUAAAGAGCCCCAUCUUUGCCUUUCAACAUUUUUCAUGAGUCUGCAAUUACUUAUGUUGUAAAAUGGUUGACAACCACCCUGUGAUGUUGUAAAAGUUUGCAACCAAACUUUGGAGAAAAGAAAGAUAGUGUUUGUACACCCUUCAUAAAUUUUCUUCAACUCUAUUGCUCUCUUCUGCCUUUAAUUCAGCCGAAUCAAACCUUGCAUUCAAUUUGACGCAGGGGGCCCUUAAUGUUAUCAUUACAGAUUCUCUAUUUCCAGCAUUUGCCUCUGCUCCUAGCACAGUUUAUCUGGUAGUCCUGAAUUCCUCUUCUAUUCCUUUAUCAAGCUUCCAGAAUAACCCUGACUUUCAGACCUUCAGUUUUGAACUCCCGAUUUUUCUGAUGCCAUCUUGGGCAAUGAUCCCCAUCCCUAGCACUUCAUUCCAACGUGGGAAGUGUCCCCUAAGUCUCAGGUAUUAUGUACUCCUCCAUUACACUUCCUUUGCUAAAUGUUUAAUUGGCAAUCUCUACUAAAAGUGGAACAUGAUUUUUCCCAAUUUAACUUCAAUAGAUUGGGGCAGAGAUCAAAAAACAUAGACAAAAUCCAUUUUUGACGGUAACGUGAAAUAAACACAGAAAAUAAUAUUUGUUUUUUAAUUUUUGUAUUGAUAUAUAACUAAAUCUGAUCUUGUUA